AUUCCGGUGGUGCUGACUCCCGACUGGAGUGAGUGAAGUCUUUUAAGGUUUUAGUGCUAGAAAAUCUUCCUCCACGUGUUGCGUUGAGGGCUUUUUUGUUCCCUCGCUACACUGGUAGGGGAAUUAGACGCCGCUGGAUAGCACCUCGAUUUGGGGGCGGGAGUGGUAGAGACCUGCUCUCUCUGACACACAUCAUCUGGAAAUUCAAUGUAAGCAACACUGGGUUAGUUGCGCGAAGUGCAAUUUCUCUUGGAUAAUCCGGCGCAUCGAUAACUGCGCGAGAGCCCUUGAUGGUGCCAACCACAACGCUUCCCCCUCCCCGUCGCUUGUCAGAUUGCGCCCAGCCAGCCCAGCGCACAAAGGGAAGGGAGAAACUUCAGACUUGGAUGCGCUCAAGCAGGUAAGGGGGUGCCAUGCCAGCUCCUGCUCCCUCCUCGCCUCCCCCCACCCUGGCCAUCUGGUGGAGGCCUCCCCUUGCACGGCUCCUGCUGCUCCCGCUGCUCCUGCUAUUACUGCUCCAGUCACCCCAGACCACCACCACCGCCACCACCUCCUCCUCUUCCGCCUCCUCCUCCUUCUCGGACAGCCUCCAUCGCUCCGUCACGCUCAACGGUGCCGGGCCCCUCAACCACCUGCUGCUCGACCCCCGCACGGGCCAGGUGUAUGUGGGUGCGGUCAAUGCCCUGUACCACCUGUCCCCCGAGCUGCGGCCCCUCUCCCAGGGCACCACAGGGCCCCUGCUGGACAGCCCCGACUGUCUUCCGCCCAUCGACCCGCGCGACUGCACGCAGGCCCGCCAGACGGACAACGCCAAUCAGGUGCUGCUGCUCCAGGACGGCGAGGACGAGCCUGCCCAGAGCAACAACGGCGGAGGAGAUGUGGCGGAGAGUCGCACGCGCUGGAGGAGCCUGAUCGUGUGUGGCACGGUGCUGCAGGGUAUCUGUGAGAAGCGAAGUCUAGUGGACGUCGGCCGCGUACUCUACAACACCUCCAAUCCAGUGGACACACAGUACGUGGCGGCCAACGACCCCCGCGUCUCCACAGUAGCGAUACUAGUGCCAGGUCAGGGGGCGUCUGCCGCUGCCGGAUCCCCAAUGACGAUGAUGCUGGUGGGCCGCGGCUACACCAGUAAAGGCCCCGGGGGCAUCCCGCCCAUCACCACCCGCCGCCUGCUGCCCAGCGGCGCGCACUCGGCCCCGGCCUUCUCCCACGAGGAGCUGGGCAAGCUGGUGGUGGGCACCUACUCCGAGUACAACAACCACUUUGUGGCGGCGCUGCGGCACGAGGGCCACAUCUACUUCCUGUUGUCGCGGCGGGACGUGCGCGAGACCAAAGAGUACCGCACGUACGUCUCGCGCCUCUGCGCCGACGACCCGAGCUUCUACUCGUACGUGGAGCUGCCCCUGGCGUGCGAGGGCGGGUAUAACCUGGCGCAGGCGGCCACGCUGGGCACCCACCGCGGGCGCUCGGUGCUGUUUGUGGCUAUGGCGGCGGGACAGGCGUCUACACCGACCCCGACAGCCAGGUCGGCGCUGUGCGUCUACGACAUGGAGCACGUGAACAAAGCCAUGAAGCGCGCCCAGGAGCUGUGCUACAAGCAGGAGGGGCAGGGCCCACUCGGCACAGAAGAGGCUUACAUCGAGUACGAUGUGUCAUCCAGGUGUCUGCGUCUGGCCAAGUCUUCCGUGACAGAGUACCCGUGUGGAGGGGAGCACACCCCCAGCCCCAUCGCCAGCUCCGUGCCCCUGGUAGCCGAGCCGGCCCUCACCCGCUCCACCCUGCUCACCGCCGUUGCCACCGCCACUGAGGCCGGCCACACUAUCGUACUUCUGGGAGACAAGGCUGGACAUCUGCACAAGGUGUUCCUGCAGGCUGAUGGCACAGGUGUGCUAUAUGACUCGGUGACGGUGGACGAGAGGAGCGCCGUGAACUCUGACCUCCUACUGGACUCCACCGGCCAGAGCGUUUACGUCCUCACCCAGAAAAAGGUCACCAGGCUAGCGGUGGCCCAGUGCUCGCGCCACACAGACUGCCAGUCCUGUCUGUCCGUCAGAGAUCCCUACUGCGGCUGGUGUGUGCUGGAGGGCAGGUGCUCGCGUAAGACGGAGUGCCAGCGUCAUGCGCAGGCCAACCAUUGGCUGUGGAGCUACCGGCAGGAGCAGCAGUGUGUAGCGGUGCAGAGCCUGGUGCCCUCCAGCCAGAGCAGAGAGGAACAGACACAGGUGUCUUUCACGGUGGCCCAGCUUCCCAUGCUGACAGGAGACGAGUCUCUCUCGUGUCGUUUCGGGGAGCUGCCCCCCCAGCCCGCGGUUGUCAGGGACAACAGCAUCACCUGUCAGUCACCCAGGCCGGAGCUCCUCCCCCAGAGCCCAGAAGGCAGCGAUCACAUGGCGUUGCGAGUGUCCCUUAUGUUUGGCGAUGUGACUAUUUCACACACGAACCUGACCUUCUAUGACUGCAGAGCUGUAGGGAGGCUCAACUCCACUUCCCCGUGUAUGGCGUGUGUGGGGAGCAGGUGGCCGUGUCACUGGUGCGCUCUGGAUGAGGUCUGCACUCACCAGAAGAGCUGCCUACGCAAGCCCAUCAUAUACAACACAGGGGAGGAUCUGACGCCACGUGGUGUGGACUCGUGCCCGUGUGUGUCGGCGCUGCAGGGUUCCCCUCUGGUACCCGUGGGCUUCGAUAAGGAACUCUACCUGCUAGGGAAGAACCUCGACAUGUUUGAGGAGGAGGAGGAUUAUGUGUGUGUUGUGGAGAUCGAGGGCAGGUCUCUCCUGUUACCCGCCACUCUCGUCAGAGGGGAGCAACAGACACACACCUUCAAGUGCGCCGCUCAGCAGUAUCAGUAUUCAGUGGAGAAGUUGGAGUAUGCGGCCCGGGUCUACUUGCUGAGGGGGAAGCUGCGCAUCGACUCUGCACCCAACAUCCAGCUGCGCCUGUACAACUGCUCGGUGGGCCAGUCGGACUGCAGCCAGUGCCGCGCGGUGUCCCCUGCGUACAGGUGUGUGUGGUGCGGGGGAGAGAGCCCCCAGUGUGUCUACAGCGACGCCUGCACUGCCAGCCACCAGGACAGCUGCCCACCCCCCCUCAUCACCAAGGUUGAGCCCACCACGGGUCCUCUGGAGGGGGGUACCCGCGUGACUAUCUGGGGCUCCAACCUGGGCCAACGCUUCCAGGACAUCCAGCACGGGGUCAAGGUGGCCGGGGUCACCUGCACACCACUACCUGAGGAGUACCUCAUAUCUACCAGGAUUGUGUGUGAGCUGCAGCCCAGCAGUGCGAUUAGAGGGCCCGUCGUGAUCACCGUGGGAGAUUCUCCGCCAGGGCACUCACAGCAAUCAUUCACUUAUCAAGAUCCUGAGCUGCUGGCCAUUGAGCCUGACAGGGGCCCGGUGUCUGGGGGGACCCGGCUGACAGUGAGGGGCUCCCACCUGCUGACCGGACAGAAGUCAGACCUCAAGGCCUUCAUAGGACAGCAACCCUGCUACAUUGUGGAGGAGGUGAAUGACACCCAGCUGGUGUGUCGCAGCAGUCGUGCCAACCACACCUCGGAGCUGACGGUGCGGGUGCUGUUUGGCAAGGCAGAGAGGACUGUGGGAAACGCAGUCUUCCGCUAUUUAAAGGACCCCGUCAUUACGGAUGCCUUUCCUACCGAGAGCUUCUACGGGGGUGGACGGGUGAUCACGGUGCGUGGUGAGAACUUCGACAUCAUCCAGCAGCCCCUCAUGUCCAUGCUGGUGGAGCCUCUGGGCAACUUCCUGGAGCGCAGGAGGAAGAGGAGGGGGGCAGCGGGGAGCAGCAGGAGUGGGAGGAGGACCAGGCGAUACCUGUCACCCCCCCACGCCGGCCCCCAUGUGGCCUUCAACAGCAGCCUAAUAAAGAAGCAGGAGCGCUGUGUGGACGUGAUGACGGACCAGAUGACGUGCCUGACUCCCGAGGUUCCCCCCGACUCCAGGGUGGUGCGCGUCUGGUUUGAGCUGGACAACCUGGAAGUAGACUUUGAGAGCGUUACGGGAAGGCAGUUCACCUACCACCCCAACCCCGAGCUGUACCCCCUCAACAGGGACACCCCCGACACCCAGUACCGCUUCAAACCCGGAGGAGUCAUCGCAGUUGAGGGCAAGGGUCUGAUGGUGGCGAUGACCAAAGAGGAGGUGGUGGCUCGGCUGGGCAACAUGGAGUGUGACGUGAAGACGCUGGACAGCACGCACCUGUACUGCGAACCCCCAGAGCAGCAGCCGCUCAGCACCGACCCAGAGUCAGAACUACCCAGUCUGCAGGUGGUGAUGGGUAACCUGGUGUUUGACCUGGGCCUGGUGCAGUACGAUACGGACGACCCCUCCCCCGUCCCCCUGGCCGCUCAGGUGGGGCUGGCCGCCAGCGCUGCCGUGGUGGUGCUAGUGGUGCUGGUCAUCAUCCUCAUGUACAGGAGGAAGAGCAAGCAGGCCCUGCGAGACUACAAGAAGGUUCUGGUCCAGCUGGAGACGCUGGAGAUCAAUGUGGGAGAUCAGUGCCGCAAGGAGUUCACAGACCUGAUGACAGAGAUGAUGGACCUGAGUAGUGAUGUGGGGGGUCCGGGUAUCCCGCUGCUGGACUACCGCACGUACGCCGAGCGCAUCUUCUUCCCCGGUCAGAAGGGGGCGCCCCUGAGCCAGAACCUGGACCUGCCCGACUCUCGCAGGCAGACGGUGGAGCAGGGCCUGAGCCAGCUCAACAACCUCCUCAACAACAGGCUCUUCCUCAUUCGGUUCAUCCACACGCUGGAGGCCCAGCAGAGCUUCUCCCAGCGUGACCGCGGCUACGUGGCGUCCCUGCUCACCAUGGCGCUGCACGACAAGUUGGAGUACUUCACCGACGUCAUGAAGACCCUGCUGAGUGACCUGGUGCAGCAGUACGUGGACAAGAACCCCAAACUCAUGCUGCGCAGGACUGAGACAGUGGUGGAGAAGAUGCUGACCAACUGGAUGUCCAUCUGCCUGUACUCCUUCCUCAAGGAAGUGGCGGGGGAGCCUCUCUACAUGCUGUACAGGGCCAUCAAGUACCAGGUGGACAAGGGGCCGGUGGACGCCGUGACGGGCAAAGCCAAGCGCACGCUCAACGACAGCCAUCUCCUCCGGGAGGACAUCGACUACACCUCCAUGACUCUAACGGUCAUGAUAAAGAGUGGUGUGGAGGUGCAGCAGUGUCCGGUGAAGGUGUUGGACCUGGACACCAUCACUCAGGUGAAGGACAAGAUCCUGGACCAGCUGUACAAGGGGAUGCCCUACUCGCAGAGGCCCAAGGCAGACUCCCUCGACCUGGAAUGGAGGGCGGGCCAGGCGGGUCACCUGACCCUGUCAGACGACGACGUGACGGCCAUCAUUCAGGGCCGCUGGAAGAAAAUCAACACCCUGCAGCACUACAAGGUCCCAGACUUAGCCACAGUAGCACUCAUACCUCGCUCCCAGAGCUCUGUUGUCAUGGGCGUCAAUCAAGUCUUCCAAACCGGAGAAAAGACCCCCAUGCUGGAGGGGGAGGAGGAGGAGGGCCAGAGGCUGUGGCACCUGAUCAAGUCCAGCGAGGACCCAGAGAUCCCCAAACACCGCAAGAGCAGCAUGAGGGAGCGGGAGCGAGCCAAGGCCAUCCCCGAGAUCUACCUCACCAGGCUGCUGUCCAUGAAGGGCACGCUGCAGAAGUUCGUGGACGACGUGUUUGUGGCCAUCCUGAGCACCAAGAGGCCGCCGCCCAUCGCCGUGCGCUUCUUCUUCGACUUCCUGGACGACAUGGCGGAGAAGCACGGCAUCGACGACCCUGAGACCGUGCACAUCUGGAAGACCAACAGUCUUCCUUUGAGGUUCUGGGUGAACAUCCUGAAGAACCCCCAGUUUGUCUUUGACGUGCAGGUGACGGACAGCGUGGACGCAGUGCUGUCAGUUAUAGCGCAAACCUUCAUCGACUCCUGCACCACCUCGGAGCACAAAGUGGGAAGGGACUCCCCUGUGAAUAAGCUACUUUACGCCAGGGAGAUCCCCAGGUACAAGCAGCUGGUGGAGAGGUAUUACAGUGAUAUUCACAGUUCUGGCUCGGGCUGCUACCAGGAGAUGAACUCCACUCUGACAGAGCUAUCAGGGGUAAAUAGCUUUGCGUCGGAGAUGAACAGUGUGGUGGCCCUGCAUGAGCUCUAUAAGUACAUCAACAAGUACUACGACCAGAUCAUCAUGUCAUUGGAAGAGGAUGCGGCAGGGCAGAAGAUGCAGUUGGCCUACCGCCUCCAGCAGGUCGCCGCCCUGGUGGAGAACAAAGUCACUGACCUGUGACCUGUCCCUACAUGCCCACGCAUACGAGAACUUUGACCAUGAACUUCAAAAAAAAAAAACGUUUUGCACUCUUUGUCUGAGUGACUGACUGACUGAGUGGUGGCUAGGACCCGGAAAGCGAAAUGAGGAACAGAAGGAGGAGUCUGACCAAUGAACUUGCCUGUCGUGCAAUCAAUGGGUGCCAGGUUGGGAUGUGAAAGCCAGCCGUCGAACCAAAACAUAAAGAGUCUCUGCGCUCUCUCAACAUCCUGCUGUGACCAGAGCUACAGUGGGAAACUCCUCUCUCACGUCAUGGAUGUGACUUGAGCAAAUGGAGAGGCGCUGUAAAAGGGAAUGACGUGCAUUACUGGGAACAGCGAAACAAAGUGGACGCGAGAGACAGGAACUGUACUGGAAGGACAAUUACAAUCUCACGGAGAGAUGCUCUCUGUCUCUCUAUUUCUAUGAGUGUCAUUGUGUUAGUUCAUCUGAAGUUAAAGUGUGUUUUUUAAUUAUUUUUCAUCAGGUGUGUGUACGUGCAAGAUGAUCUUGGCUAAUUCUUCCGUAAAAUUAAUAUAUUGGA